GCCGUGGGCAGGGCGGGGAGCGCGGGGACCUUGUGCGCUUGACGAGCGGGCGGCGGCAGGUUCACGGGUCCCUCGUCCCGGCCGCCCGCUAGUGGCUGGGCGGCGGCAGGGUCAGCCCCGCGGCGCCGAGACUGUACAUGCAAUUUGGCUUGGGGAACAGAACGCGCCAUGGGACAACCUCAAAGAUAUCUCUCCAGACGGGGUCUCUUACUUGAGUGACGUGUCUGCUCUCGUGACUGUCUUUGUACCCAAAGGAUUUAUUUUCCUUUUGGAAAUAUUUUAAGUUGAAAUCUUGUUCCUUACUGGAAACUGUCUACACGAAAGACUGCACACAUCAUGGGUGAUAUGGCAAACAACUCGGUUGCAUAUAGUGGUGUAAAAAAUGCUGUAAAAGAAGCUAAUCAUGGAGAUUUUGGAGUUACUCUUGCAGAGCUCCGCGCUCUUAUGGAACUUAGAGCUACAGAUGCACUGCAUAAAAUACAGGAAUGCUAUGGAGAUGUACAUGGCAUCUGUACAAAAUUGAAAACUUCACCAAAUGAAGGUUUAAGUGGAAAUCCAGCAGAUAUAGAAAGGAGAGAAGCAGUUUUUGGGAAGAACUUUAUACCUCCUAAAAAGCCAAAAACAUUUCUUCAGUUAGUAUGGGAAGCACUACAGGAUGUUACACUAAUUAUAUUAGAAAUUGCAGCCGUAGUAUCCUUGGGCCUUUCUUUUUACCAGCCUCCGGGAGGAAAUGAAUCAUUAUGUGGAUCAGUAAAUAUUGGUGAAGAAGAGGAGGAAUCUGAAGCAGGUUGGAUUGAAGGAGCAGCAAUCCUCCUGUCUGUAGUUUGUGUGGUAUUAGUAACAGCUUUCAAUGACUGGAGUAAAGAGAAACAGUUUCGGGGAUUGCAGAGCCGUAUUGAACAGGAACAGAAAUUCACAGUCAUCAGAGGUGGCCAAGUCAUCCAAAUACCAGUAGCUGACAUAAUUGUUGGAGAUAUUGCUCAAGUGAAAUACGGUGAUCUUUUACCGGCUGAUGGUGUACUCAUUCAAGGAAAUGACCUCAAAAUUGAUGAAAGCUCACUGACUGGAGAAUCUGAUCAUGUUAAGAAGUCUCUGGACAGAGAUCCUAUGCUGCUGUCAGGUACACAUGUGAUGGAAGGCUCUGGAAGAAUGGUAGUUACUGCUGUAGGUGUGAACUCUCAGACUGGAAUCAUCUUUACCUUACUUGGAGCUGGAGGGGAUGAAGAGGAGAAGGAGAAGGAAAAAGAGAAGAAGGACAAGAAAAGUAAAAAGCAAGAUGGAGCUGUUGAAAACCGUAACAAAGCUAAAGCUCAGGAUGGUGCAGCCAUGGAAAUGCAACCACUGAAGAGUGAGGAUGGUGGGGAUGGAGAUGAGAAAGACAAGAAGAGAGCAAAUUUGCCAAAGAAGGAGAAGUCAGUUCUUCAAGGCAAACUUACAAAGCUCGCAGUUCAGAUUGGCAAAGCAGGUUUGUUGAUGUCUGCAAUCACAGUCAUUAUCCUUGUGUUAUAUUUUGUAAUUGAUACCUUCUGGGUUCAGAAGAGACCUUGGCUUGCUGAAUGUACACCAAUUUAUAUUCAGUAUUUUGUGAAGUUCUUCAUUAUUGGAGUUACAGUCUUGGUGGUGGCAGUACCAGAAGGUCUUCCACUUGCAGUGACUAUAUCUCUGGCUUACUCUGUUAAGAAAAUGAUGAAAGAUAAUAACUUGGUGAGACAUCUGGACGCAUGUGAAACAAUGGGCAAUGCAACAGCUAUUUGCUCAGAUAAAACGGGAACAUUGACCAUGAACAGAAUGACAGUGGUCCAAGCCUACAUCAAUGAAAAACAUUAUAAAAAAAUUCCAGAACCAGAAGCUAUUCCAGAGAAAACUAUGGCUUACCUUGUGACAGGAAUUUCAGUUAAUUGUGCUUAUACUUCCAAAAUAUUGCCUCCUGAAAAAGAAGGUGGCCUACCACGUCAUGUUGGAAAUAAAACUGAAUGUGCCUUGCUGGGAUUGCUUUUGGAUUUAAAACGUGAUUAUCAGGAUGUAAGAAAUGAGAUACCAGAAGAAGAUUUGUACAAAGUGUACACCUUCAACUCUGUUAGAAAAUCUAUGAGUACUGUGUUAAAGAACUCUGAUGGUAGUUUCCGGAUAUUCAGUAAAGGUGCCUCCGAGAUAGUUCUUAAAAAGUGCUUCAAAAUACUGAGUGCUAAUGGAGAACCAAAAGUAUUUAGACCUAGGGACCGUGAUGAUAUUGUGAAAACUGUAAUUGAGCCAAUGGCUUCUGAAGGGCUCAGAACCAUCUGCCUGGCAUUCAGAGACUUCCCAGCGGGGGAACCUGAGCCAGAAUGGGACAAUGAAAAUGAUAUUGUUACUGGUCUGACGUGCAUUGCUGUUGUUGGGAUUGAAGAUCCUGUGAGACCCGAGGUACCUGAUGCAAUAAAGAAGUGUCAACGUGCAGGCAUAACUGUGCGUAUGGUCACUGGUGAUAACAUUAACACUGCUCGUGCUAUUGCGUUAAAAUGCGGUAUUCUGAAUCCUGGUGAAGAUUUCCUGUGUUUAGAAGGCAAAGACUUUAACAGGAGAAUACGCAAUGAAAAGGGAGAGAUAGAGCAAGAACGAAUAGAUAAAAUUUGGCCAAAGCUUCGUGUUCUUGCAAGAUCUUCUCCCACUGACAAACAUACUCUAGUAAAAGGUAUAAUUGACAGCACCGUCUUUGAACAGCGGCAAGUUGUAGCAGUAACUGGUGAUGGUACCAAUGAUGGUCCAGCUUUGAAGAAAGCGGAUGUUGGAUUUGCUAUGGGUAUUGCUGGAACAGACGUAGCUAAAGAAGCUUCUGAUAUUAUCCUUACAGAUGACAACUUCACAAGUAUUGUUAAAGCGGUUAUGUGGGGACGAAAUGUGUAUGACAGCAUCUCCAAAUUUCUUCAGUUCCAGCUUACUGUCAAUGUAGUAGCAGUAAUUGUUGCUUUUACAGGAGCAUGCAUAACACAAGAUUCUCCACUUAAAGCUGUGCAGAUGCUGUGGGUAAAUCUCAUAAUGGACACAUUAGCUUCUCUUGCCCUGGCAACAGAACCACCCACUGAAGCUCUCUUGUUGAGAAAGCCUUAUGGUAGAAACAAACCUUUGAUUUCUCGUACAAUGAUGAAGAACAUCUUGGGUCACGCAUUUUACCAACUCGUAGUGGUCUUCACUCUUCUGUUUGCUGGUGAGAAAAUUUUCGAUAUUGAUAGUGGAAGAAAUGCACCUCUGCAUGCUCCUCCUUCAGAACAUUAUACUAUCGUGUUUAAUACAUUUGUGAUGAUGCAGCUUUUUAAUGAAAUAAAUGCCCGAAAAAUUCAUGGUGAAAGAAACGUUUUUGAAGGAAUCUUUAACAACGCAAUCUUCUGUUCUAUUGUUCUCGGGACAUUUGUUGUACAGAUAAUUAUUGUGCAGUUUGGUGGGAAGCCUUUCAGUUGCUCAGAACUCUCAGUUGAACAGUGGCUGUGGUCCAUUUUCCUGGGCAUGGGAACACUACUCUGGGGCCAGUUGAUUUCAACAAUUCCAACCAGCCGCCUGAAAUUCCUUAAAGAAGCUGGUCAUGGAACACAAAAGGAAGAGAUUCCUGAAGAAGAACUAGCAGAAGAUGUAGAAGAGAUCGAUCAUGCUGAGAGAGAAUUACGUCGUGGUCAGAUCUUGUGGUUUAGGGGCCUAAACAGGAUACAAACUCAGAUGGGAUGGUCCUUUCUCUUGUUCUCUCUCUCUCUUGCUGAGCAAGCUGUCACAAUCUCUGAUUCCUUGCAGAUGGAUGUAGUGAAUGCUUUCCAGAGUGGAAGUACCAUUCAGGGGGCUCUAAGGCGGCAACCUUCCAUCGCCAGCCAGCACCAUGAUAUCCGAGUGGUGAAUGCAUUUCGUAGCUCCUUGUACGAGGGGCUGGAGAAACCUGAGACACGAAGUUCAAUUCACAACUUUAUGACGCAUCCUGAGUUUAGAAUAGAAGACUCCGAGCCUCAUAUUCCCCUUAUCGAUGAUACUGAUGCUGAAGAUGACGCUCCAACAAAACGCAACUCUACUCCCCCACCCUCUCCCAAUAAAAAUAACAAUGCGGUUGACAGUGGAAUUCACCUUACAACAGACAUGAACAAGUCUGCUACCUCUUCAUCCCCAGGGAGCCCACUACAUAGUUUGGAAACAUCACUCUGAUUGUAAGCUGAAUGUUAACACACUAGCUGCAUUGUAAAGAAAUUGAAACUGGGUCUCUUCACACAUUAUGAUGGACAAGAUGAUAUUCUUGUCUUGGACUUCAACAGAAGACACACUUGUACGAAUGUAGAUUUAUUUUUUUAAAACAAAAAAGCUUUCUGCCAGACUGGAGGGUGCUUUUCUGGGGGUGGGAGUAAUAAUGAACUCUGACAGAUAAACAGUAACUCGGCGUAAGUGACCUGUGGAUCAUCAGUUGUACUUACGAAUGGUCCUGAACAGUGUGUUAGCAGAGCUUUAGUUUAUCAUGAUCCUUUUCUGAGGGGAAGGCUGGGAAGGGCAAGGAGGCCCGGGAUCAUUGAAUUGAUACUUUAAUUUCUGCUGUUGGCUGUUAAUAAUUUGGAUUAUUUAUGUUUAUAAAUGAUACAGAUCUGUUUACAAGGUUUGUAGAUACUUUUUUUUGUUCCUGUUCAUAGAUGGGAAGCUUCCUUAUAAAUGAUGCAGAGAAAAAAAAGAAAAAAAACCAAACAAAAAAAACUAGUCCUUCAAAUACUGCUGUAUUUUCAGGAAAAGGGUGUUUCUAUUGAAACUGUACUAAAUUUUGCCUGCAAUUUACCUUGUUAAAUAUUGUAGAUAAAUUGCUAAUACUAAUAGCCAAAUAGAUAACACUAAUGCUUUGUAAAAACAUGAGCAGUGGUGUUCUAAUGAAGUUAUGGCCUCUGUCCUAAUUAGUUUCUUAAAUACAUUUACUACUUAAUGGUUUUGAAACAACUGUUUAAUUUUUAAAAAUUUUGAGAAACUUACUGAAUAACUUUUGUUCAGAACUUAGUAGGAUUGUUUAAUGCAGGACAUCAAUAUGUGAUGGAACUUGCUUGAAAUAUUUCUGUUAUCUCGGGCAAAAUGGAUUAAAUCAAAAUACAUCAGAAUCUUAGUCCUUUGUUUUUGUCUAAACAUGUUAGUUUAGUGCUGUCUUGGUGAACUGUGAGUGGAACUGUGAUUUUUCUUUUAUUUUUUUUCUAAUCUAUAGAAUCCUUCAUGCAGCAUGAGGGCUGUUGGCAUUUUGAAAGGUUGUUAGUGGGUAGCAUACAUGUUCUCCUUUUUGUUUUUGAAACUUGUUUGUAAACAUGAAUAAAUCUGCCCUUUUGUUAAAAUAAAA